AUGUCAGACCCUGUUGUUGAAGGUUGGACGCUAUAUGCGGUCGGCGUCGCUUCGACGAUCCUCAGAUUUUAUGCUCGUAUGAGAGUGGAUGGUUUGAGAAGUCUCCAGGCUGAGGAUUAUCUCAUGGCCAUUUCGAUUGCCUUUUACACCAUCCAGACAACUCUUGCAUACAACAUCGGGAUCCUUGCCCAAGGUCUCGCAAACAAUGGAAUGACGGACUCUCAGCGAGCGGCAUUGUCACCAAGUGAUCCAGAAUAUGACUUCAGGAUAAUUGGCUCCAAGAUCCAGGUUGCCGGCUGGACCAUAUACUCUGCUCUGAUUUGGUCCUUGAAGCUAUCUAUGCUGUACUUCUACACUCGUCUGACGACGGGGCUUGGCCGACCUUAUCGCAUCCGGAUAUACGUGGGUUUCGGCCUUGUCAUCGGCACUUUCAUCGCGACCAUGAUAGCCAUAUUUGCUGGCUGUCGGCCUUUUCACAAGUACUGGCAGAUCAACCCGGAUCCUGGUAACUCGUGUCAACCAGCCAUCUCCAAACCUAUUGUUUGGGUGUCGUUUGCAGCCAAUAUAUCAACUGAUAUCUAUCUCAUCGCAAUUCCCCUCCCCAUGCUUUGGGGAUCGAGCUUGAAAAUGAUCAAGAAGAUCGCUUCUACGAUUGUGCUGGGUGCCGGUAUCUUUGUACUCGUCUGCGCAACCCUGAAGAGUGUUUUCGUCCUUGUGGAUCCCGUUCAUGGAGCCGAGCUCGCUGGAAGCUGGGGCACUCGCGAAGCCUUUGUCGCCGUAAUGACCACUAAUCUGCCGAUCCUCUUUCCGCUCUUCAGGGUCUGGCUCACGCCAAUCUUCGGAAGUGUCUUGCGCUCCUCUCACAAGACGUCCUACCAAUAUCCUUCCGGGUUUCAGACAAUUGGUGGAGGAGGACGUAGCGGCAAAAGCAACGACCCGAGCCGACGAGGACCACCGACCGCGAACCCCAUAUCGGCGAAUUUGUCAUUCAAUAAUAGCGAGGAAAGGAUCGUCAAGGCAGAAGCCCACCGUAUGAAUGACUUGACGGAUUAUAGCGCGUCCAAAGGGAUCAUCGUUUCGAAUGUGGUUGAAGUAAUUCAUGAAGACAAAAAGGGCAGUAGUAGUAGGAGCAGAGAAGGUUCUGAAGGGUCGUGGUAG